AUGCUUUACCUCGCCCCCCGGCAACACACAACACACCCACCACCUCUCAGCAAACUGACACCACCUACCCCACUCUCAACGUGUCCUCGAGGUCUGCACUUGCUUUCAGAGACAAUGUUGAGGAUUUCGUCGGUGGUUGUGGUGUUGCUUGCGCUGGCCCACGCCGUCAUCGCUUCGAACCUCAGGGCCACAAACGUUGGGGAUUCUUCUCCCGCCAUCGUCCAACGUGCAACCAGCGCAGCACCGCCGACGAGACAAGCUAGCCGCCGCCUGCACUACUCGGAUGACUCAAGCAGCGAUUCGGAGAGCAACAGCUACAGCCCCCACGAGUUGUACGUCGGUUGCUUCCAAGAUGAUGAGCAAAGCCCGCUGCUCGAGUUCGGGUUUAUUUCCGGGGACUUCACCAUUGAGCGUUGCUACAUGCACUGCACCGACGAGGGCGCGACUUUCAUGGGCAUCAAGUAUGGCUUCCAAUGCUCGUGCGGCUUUGGGCAAGAAGAAGACUACACGCUGAACGGCACCGGAGAAUGCGCGUGCGGGUGCUAUGGUGACCCCGACGGCAACUGCGGUGGACAGUGGGCUUUCGACCUGUACUCCCUCGGAGGAGGGGACGACAGCUCCACCUCCGUGACGCCGUCACCAACGGCGUCCUCGACCGGCUUCCCGAUGCCUACGGGCUUCCCGAUCCUGUCGGCCGCGCCCUCGACAUCGUUCACGUGGGGCCCGACGGGGGGACCGUCGUCAGCGCCCACUUCGUCUCCUACUAGCAGCACCAUGACCAUGACGGACGACGACGGAGGGUACUCCAUGACAGCCCCCCCGACACCUGCGAGGACGCUGCUGACACCGUCGCCAAGCAUGCUGGUGGGACCCACCCCGACCAUGCCCGUGGCACCCCCUACUCGGAUGCCCGCGACUCCUCCUACUCCGAUGCCGGUGGAAUCUCGUACUCCGACGCCCGUGGCACCGCGAACGCCCGCCCCCGAGACCGAGGAGCCUGUGGCACCCUGUACUCCGAUGCCCGUGGAACCUCCUACUCCGAUGCCCGUGGCACCGCGAACGCCCGCCCCCGUAACUGAGGAGCCUGUGGCACCUCCUACUCCGAUGCCCGUGGCACCGCGAACGCCCGCCCCCGUAACUGAGAAGCCAGUGGCACCCCCUACUCCGAUGCCCGUGAUGCUUCCUACUCCGAUGCCCGUGGCACCGCGAACGCCCGCCCCCGUAACCAAGGAGCCUGUCGCGCCCCCUACCGCGCCGACUCCGGGCUCGCCGACGCCCGCUGACAUGACAGAACUCGUUGACCUGCACAACGAAGCAAGGUGCGUGCACAACGCGGACCCUCUCACGUGGAGCAGCACGGUGGCAUCUUCCGCCGCCGAACACGCCGAGAGGCUCACGGCCCAGUGCUCCUCCAGCCUGUUCCACAGCACUCAGGAACAGCGCUACGGCUACGGCGAGAACCUGUACAUGUGCUGGGGGUCGGACUCGUGCUACUCGCACGAGAAGGCGAUGGAGGGACUAUACUACGACGAAGUCCAGUUCGACAGUGUUCUCCAGUACGGUGGUCACGCGACCCAGAUCCUGUGGAAGGCUACGGAGCAAGUCGGAUGCGUCGUGGCGCGGUGCACCAACGGCGGAACCCCCUACACGUUCCUCGUGUGCCAGUACGACCCACCGGGCAACUACGGCGGCCAGUACGAGGAACAGGUGGGCCUUCCUGACUUCGGGAAGUCGUGCUAGACACACCCACUUCCCUGUGUUUCAUCCGGACAACUCCUGGCGCCGAGUUGUUAUUGACCGUGAUGUCGAGCAGUUGAUUGGCUGAAGGUCGCCACAAGCCAGCUCGAAACUUUCCUCCGACGACAGUUGUCGACGCUAAAUAGACGGGUUGCAGUUGCGGGAC